UGGUGAGGAGCAGCCCCCCGCUGCGGGUGCCGGUGCGGUGGCAGGGCCGGGCGGCGGCCGCGGUGGUGACGGAGAGCGCCAAGCCCCGGGUGCAGCCCCAGGAGCGGAAACCUAAAACUGGCAUCCUGAUGCUGAACAUGGGAGGCCCGGAGCGGCUGGAUGACGUCCACGACUUCCUUCUGCGCCUCUUCCUGGACAGGGAUCUGAUGACGAUGCCGGCCCAAAACAAACUGGCCCCGUUCAUCGCCAGGCGCCGCACCCCGAAGAUCCAGGAGCAGUACAGCAGGAUCGGCGGGGGAUCCCCCAUCAAGAAGUGGACGGCGGUGCAGGGAGAAGGCAUGGUGAAGCUGCUGGACAGCAUGUCCCCUCACACUGCGCCUCACAAGUACUACAUCGGGUUCCGCUAUGUGCACCCGCUGACCGAGGAGGCCAUCGAGGAGAUGGAGAAGGAUGGCAUCGAGAGGGCUGUCGCCUUCACCCAGUACCCCCAGUACAGCUGCUCCACCACAGGAAGCAGUUUAAAUGCCAUUUAUCGCUACUAUAAUGAGAAGGGGGAGAAGCCGAAGAUGAAGUGGAGCAUUAUCGACCGGUGGCCCACACACCCCCUCCUCAUUCAGUGCUUCGCUGAUCACAUCCAGAAGGAGCUGAACCUGUUCCCUCCGGACAAAAGGAAAGACGUGGUGAUCCUCUUCUCGGCCCACUCGCUGCCCAUGUCUGUGGUGAACCGGGGCGAUCCGUAUCCCCAAGAAGUGGGAGCCACAGUCCAGAGAGUCAUGGAGAAGCUCAACUACUCCAACCCUUACAGGCUCGUGUGGCAGUCCAAGGUUGGACCAAUGCCUUGGCUUGGCCCCCAGACAGACGAGACCAUUAAAGGACUGUGCCAACGAGGGAAGAAGAACAUGUUGUUGGUCCCAAUAGCAUUUACAAGUGACCACAUUGAAACCCUCUAUGAGCUGGAUAUCGAGUAUUCCCAGGUUUUAGCCAAUGAGUGCGGAGUUGAGAACAUCAGGAGAGCAGAGUCCCUCAAUGGAAACCCGCUGUUCUCCAAGGCCCUGGCAGACCUGGUGUGCUCCCACCUGCAGUCCAACGAGGUGUGCUCCCGCCAGCUGACCCUGUGCUGCCCGCUCUGCGUCAACCCCGUGUGCAGGGAGACCAAGGCCUUCUUCGCCAACCAGCCGCUGUGAGCCCGGCACAGCCGCCCGGCACAGCCACCUCCAUCCCAUGGGAACUGCCCCGGACAAGGAAACGGCCCCAGGCAAGGGAGGAGACCCCGUUACAGACUCGUGGUCUCUGUGAACCUCCAGCCCGGGGCAACUCGCCUUUGGUUUCAUUUUUGUGAUGUUUUCUUUGUGCUCGAGAAGAGUUUGUAGGACGUAGGGAGAGAAGGGCAUUUCUGCUGUCAGGUGUGAGGAGAUCCUGUGUCACCCGACCCUGAGGGUGCUUAGCCUGAGCCCAGCACUGAGGAACUCCCACAGCUUUUUCAAAUUAGCUUCUCUUUCUAUGCAGGGUUGAUUUGUGUGCAGGUUGGUCACGAAUGCAUUUCCUUCAGCUUGCCAGCUCAAGUGUGCAGUUAUUUUGGGUUUACUUAAGGUGCAAGUCUGACCAGCACAGUCACCAGUUGUCUCUUCUGAGAGGGACUUUGCAGCUGGCUUUGGAGACUUUGGAAAUCAAGUGACUUCUAAUGCUUUUUAAUAAUGUGUGUGUGUAUAUAUAUAUAUAUAUAUAUAUUUUUUAGGGCAUAAAGAUAAGGCUUUGUUUUGUUUGGUUUUCUCCUGCCAGAAACUUCCGGUGACAGCUUAGCUGGGACAGUAGAA